AUGGUGGUCGAGGACAGCGUGGAACUUUUUGUCAGUGGACGUCUAUGCUUGUUUGGAGAGCACACAGACUGGGCAGGCGAAUACAACGGUCGAUCGGAGUCCUUCGUCGAGGGACGGACGAUUGUGGUUGGCACCCAGGAAGGCAUCUUUGCAACUGCGCGGCCCCUCAAAGAAAAGGUCCUCCGGAUCACCACCACCGACAACGACGGCAAGCAGACCGGGCCUCUGGAACUCCCCCUUGAGCCAGCGGAACUGCUCGCAGUCGCGCGCGCCGGCGGCUUCUUUAGCUACGUGGCUGGCACGGCCUACCGUGUGUGUGUGUCGUACGACCUGUACGGCGGUCUUGAACUGAUCAACCACGCAACUACUCUUCCCAUGUCCAAGGGUCUCUCCUCGUCCGCUGCCAUUUGCGUCAUGGUGGCUCGUGCCUUCAACCGUGUGUACCAGCUGCAUCUCAGUACGCGGGGGGAGAUGGAGCUGGCGUAUCUGGGGGAGAUUACCACACCCUCAAAAUGCGGCCGCAUGGACCAGGCCUGUGCGUACGGCAGCAUUCCCGUACUGAUGACCUUUGACGGCGACAUCUUGACCGUUGACCGUGUCCCCCUGUCCGCCCCCCUCCACCUGGUCUUGGUGGACCUGGGCGCCCACAAGGACACCACUACCAUUCUGAGGUGCCUGCAGAGGGCCUACCAGCAACCGACAUCGGAGCUGCAUUCUGGUUUGCACGGCCUGUUGGGCCCUAUAAACUUGCGGCUGACGGGGGCGGCGCUGCGGGCCAUGGAGGAGGGCGACCUGCCGCAAUUAGGUCGUCUGAUGGUUGAGGCCCAGAGCUUAUUCGACCAGCUGGCUGGACCCCUGUGUCCCGAACAACUGAGUGCACCUGCACUGCACAAGGUGUUGUCGUACCCGCCCAUUCAGGAUCUUGUGUGGGGUGGCAAGGGCGUAGGGUCGCAGGGGGACGGUACGGCACAGUUGCUGUGCCGGGGAGCUGAUGCACAGGCCAAGGUGUGUGCCAUUCUGAGCUCCGAAUUGGGACUGGGCUGCAUGCCGCUCUCCGUGGCAGCGAACAUCACCACCUCCUCCACCUCCUCCUCGUCCAGGGCUCCAAUGGCGGCGUCAGAUGCGGGGGUGGCUGUGGACAGCGGCAAGUAG